UAAGCGAAAUUUCUCAGUUCUACUGCUCAACACUAGCUAUUCAUCUGUCAUCUGUGUGAAAAAGUAGCAAGAACAAGAGCUAAAAACCAUGUUGCGCAUUACAGCCGGUAAAGUCGCUAGUGCCAUGCGUGGCAGCCUUGGAGUGACAUCCACCCGUGUCAUCGCUGUGCGCCAGCACGGUACCGAGGAAUCGGCCGAGGCAUUCGAUUCCCGUUACGAGAAAUAUUUUGCCCGCGACGGCAUCGAUGGCUGGGAGAUACGCAAGGGCAUGAACGACUUGCUCGGCAUGGAUUUGGUGCCCAGCCCCAAGGUGAUUGAGUCUGGACUGCGAGCCUGCCGUCGCGUCAACGACAUUGCCCUGGCCAUUAGGUGGCUGGAGGGCUGCAAGGACAAGUGCGGCGACCAGAAGGCCACUAUUUAUCCCUACUUGCUGGAGAAGAUCUCGCCGACCUUGAAAGAGCUGGGUGUGCCGACCAUUGAGGAGAUAGGCUACGACAAGCCCGAAUUGGCUCUGAAGUCCGUUUAUGAUAUCUAAAGCGAACGUUUUCCUUUAGUUUAAUUAACACAUACACACAAACACAAGAAGCAGACAUACAAAACAGAUAAUCGAGUUCAAUUCACUUGCUGCGGAUGAACAUGUUAUUGGAUUGCAAAUAAAAAGGAGAUUGGAGUAAGGCCACCACACAAAAAUCA